GUCAAGGUUAUGAUUUUGAUUUCAUAACAAAUGUCUAGGAAUUGUUUAUACGCAGCUACCAGGAAACUGAACUAGAUAGCCAACAUUAAACGAAAAUGGGAAGAAUGUCAAAAUUCAAACCGGACUAUUUGGUAACUGGUGCUUUAGAUGGUUCAAACUAUUAUGCGGCUAUAGGAACGACGUCAAAGCAAAUAAGGGCACGGAAUAUGGCCGAGACGGUGUCAUUGAUGACAACAAAAUGUGAUUUAGAGAGACAAAAGAUUGUACAGGCCAGAAAGCGUGAACGUGAAAUCAGAGAAUUGGAAAAGCAAUUGUUACUCAAAGAUCGUUCUGAUUGGCUGAAGAAGUUGGACGAUCAAGGUCGUGAGCAUGGCUGGGAUGAGGACGAUUCUAUGAAAUAUAUGAUAGGAGAGAUCCUCAAAGGACAAAUGGGAAUAAGCCUGAAGAAACAACUGUUUGUCAAUGCAUGGAUGCCAAACAUUCUUAACAAAUAUUGUGUAUAUCCACUCUUUCAAGAGGGAAGUCUUACGAGUAUAGAAACCGAUAUAACAUCUGAAACAUCCAAAGAAAUAAACACUGUAGAAUCUAAAAGCAAACAAAAACUGACAAGAACGAAUAAACAACAGAAACAAAACUCGUCAAAUAAAAAUCGUCAAAGCAGUAUUCAAAUUUUCAAUAAAAAGCUGGGUAGUUAUGAAACAUUACCUCCAAUAAAAACUCUUCAAAGAAAUCUAAAACAAAGAAAACCUAGAAGUUAUAAGCAAUUAAGAAUAGAACAAUCAAGCAAUGAGGAGGAACAAUCGAGAGGGUCAGUUGAUGGUAGUCUCCUUCCCGCUAUAUAGGUCAGGACUGUUGCUAACUACCAAAGGAAGAAGCAGAAACCAUUUUCAUUUUUUAUGUACAGUAUUGUACUUUUAAAUAAAAAAUAAACUAAUCUGAGUAAACU